AGAAAAGGUAAAACAAGAGAGGAGUGAAACUUUUCUACAAGAAGAGAGAAACGGUGAAAAGAGUUUUUUAAGAGAAAGGUUUGAAGAAUGGGCGCAAUGAAGUGGAUGGCGAUUUCUGUCAUUUUGGGCAUAUGUUUAGAGGUUGCAGCCACAUCAGAUAUCCAGGUAAGCGUAUUCACAGCAACAUCCAAGACCGUUAUUCUCAGAUGGACCAGGUGUCCCGGAGCCACCUCAUACAAGAUCAUUGUCGCUGCCCAAAGCUCACCAGACGACCCAAUCGCUUUUGCCACAUAUGGACCCAAUACAGUGAUGGGAUCCAUCAACUCUCUGUCCCCGAACAUGAAGUACGCUUUAACAGUCGCAGCUCUGGAUGACUCCCAAACUAUACUGAGCAAUGCAACAAUAGAAUCAUCCUCAGCCCCUGAGAUGAUGGACCCCAUCCAGACCAUAAAGUCAAAGGACAGCAGGACCUUGUUUGUGGAGUUCGGCUUGAGGACUGGAGCGACUGGCUACAUCAUAAGAAUCCAGAACGACAAUGGCUUCCUCAGAGAAGACUCAGUAUCCUCAUCCCCUGCUAAGAUUGAGAACCUCACACCGUACACUUGGUACUCGCUCAGCAUCAUGGCGGAGAACAGUGGAGGUCGCAGUCAGCCGUCUGCCUCUGUAACUGUAAAGACAGUCUUGCCUCCUCCUCAGCUGUCCACCUCCUCUCCCAGCAAUGACAGUAUCGUUGUGUCCUGGCCCCCCGUCGCUCACGCUGUCCAGUACUCUCUGACCGUGUACAAGCUUGGCUCUAGUAGUGACAUGAAGUUUAAUACCUCCAACACAAAUUUCACUGUCACUGGCCUGGACGCUGGAUCACUUUAUUUCAUCAAAGGUUUCGCCUGGGAUCCAGAGGGCCGCAAGGGAGAGGGAAGUCCGUACAUCAACCAGACAACACGACCUCCGACACCAUCUUCUGUCAAUGUCACUAUGGUGAUGAAUAAUGGCGAGGCUGGACUCUCCGUCUCCUGGGAGAUGGAUCCAGAUGUCCACGGAUCCAUCGUGUACCAUGUGACGAGUGGCCAGAACCUGCAGUGUAACGGGACAAACAGCCCAUGUGUCCUGUCACCAGUGGGCUGUGGAGAGGUGCACAGUAUCCAGGUGACUGCUUCAAAUGAGGCCGGGCCUGGAUAUCCCACCGACCCCGUCAUCUUCACCACCUACCCCUGCCCUCCAGAGUCUCUAGCUCUCGUGGAGUCAUCAGAUGAAAACUGCACCCUGAUUUGGGACACCGUGGCUCACGCUGACCGCUAUCAGGCCAUCAUCAAGAGAGGAGACGGCAGCGAAGAAAUCUGCAACACCACCAACAACAACUGCACCUACCACUGUGAGUGUGGCUACACCUACCUGCUGUCUGUGUUCGCCUUCAACCAGGCGGGCCGCAGUCCUGAGGGAGAGAGUCUCAACCACACCACCUUGCCCUGUUGUCCCGAGGAUGUAUCCGUCUAUACAGUGAGUGCUGACACUCUGGAGAUUAUGUGGAAGGCCUCACGAGGGGCGGAGCUGUAUGAGACUCGGGCUGCAGACAAUUCAGAGGUCAUCCUGUGUAACGACACUGCACCAGUGUGCGCCCUCUCUGAUCUCAGCUGUGACAGCGCCUACAGCGUGGUAGUGACGCCCUGCAAUGACAUCAGCGGGUGCAACCGUGCAUGCAAACCUCACACCAAGGACACGGCUCCCUGUAUGCCAAAGAAUCUGCAGCUGAAUCCCAAAAACUCCUCCUGCGUCACCGUCAGCUGGACAGCAAACAACAGAGCAGCUACUUACACUGUUAGCGCAGUAACAGAUGGCGACAAACGCACCUGCACCACAGGUGGAAACAGCUGCGACAUAAACGACCUUCCCUGUGGGUACACAUAUGAAGUCAGUGUGAUAGCAACAAGCACCGCGGGUCAGAGUUUACCCAGCUUCUGGGACACUCUGGAGACAGAGCCCUGUUGCCCACAAAAUCUCACGGUUGAUCAGGUGACUCAGGCCAUGACCAACGUCACCUGGUCUCAUGCCAAAGGAGCUCAUUCAUUCAUCACUUCUCUGACAUCUACACGGGGUCAUGCCCGCUGUCACACCCAGGACUCCCACUGCCUCAUGGGAUGCAUCACCUGUGGGACCAACUACACCGUCACUAUGGAGGCAUACAGCCACAGCGGGCGCAGGACCAACUGCACCUAUGAGGGCUUCUCAUCCAGUGCAUGCUGUCCCUCAGGUGUCAGGCUCUAUAAGUUGUCCGGUAACUCUCUGAGGGUGCACUGGCGCAGCGCCGGCAGCGGCCACAGCUAUGUCACAGACAUGAUGGGCACUAAUAACAACUACACCUGCACAGCGUCCUCUGGGGUUAACAGCUGUGACAUCACCAACGUCCAGUGUGGAGACGUUUAUAAUGUAGUGGUGGCUCCGCUCACAGCAGGGGGCAGCAAAGUCCUCUUCUGCCCUCAGAGACUCUACUCAGUCACUUGUACAGGAAACAACAUCGUCACAGUGAUUUACAGAGGGAAGAGAAGCGUGGACUAGCACACACCUCUUCUCCACUGAUACAGCAAACACCAGCACCUUUUUCAUCCUUCUCUUGUUCCUUCAUCAGCACCACUGCAGUAAAGCCAUACUCUUGCCUGAAUGAAAGAAGGAUGAUGAAUGUAUAUUAAAC